AUAAAUAAGAACCCCUGCUAGGGUUUUUUCGCCUCUUAAUUCUCGAUUGCCCCCAUUCAACAAUCUGUGCAGCGGCUGCUCUUUUCUCCUUUUGCUCUGCAGAAUGGAAUCCCAAAUCAAGCAUGCAGUGGUGGUCAAGGUCAUUGGCAGGACCGGAUCCCGUGGGCAGGUGACUCAGGUCAGAGUGAAAUUCAUUGAUGAUCAGAACCGUUUCAUCAUGAGAAACGUCAAGGGACCGGUUAGGGAGGGCGACAUCCUCACCUUGUUGGAGUCUGAGAGAGAGGCUAGGAGACUCCGCUGAUUUCUCAGCAUCAUUUCUUCUUGUGGCAAUACUUUUUGCAACUUCAUUUUGAUGUAUAACUAGACAAACUAGACCAAUGCAAGCACUUUACCCCAGUGGUUUGUUUAACAUUAUUUAUGAGUUUUUGUGGUGGUAGUAGUAUUUGUUGAACCUACAA